CACACACACUCUCUGUUUUCUCUUCCAUUCUAUUACCAGAAAACAGAGUUUGAGAGAGAGAGAAAAAAUGGAAUUGUCGACUCAUAUGAAUGUGUUCGAAGAGCUUCUUGUUCCGACAAAGCAAGAAACCACCGACAACAACAUCAACAACCUGAGCUAUAAUGGCGGAUUUGAUCAUCAUCAUCAUCAUCAAUUCUUCCCAAAUGCAUAUAAUAUUGAUUACCUCUGUUUCAACAAUGAAGAAGAAGACGAAAAUACCCUUCUUUAUCCUUCUUCUUUCAUGGAUCUAAUCUCUCAACCUCCUCCAUUGCUUCUUCACCAACCACCACCGUUACAACCACUGUCUCCGCCGUUAUCCUCCUCCGCUACCGCCGCCGCAGCAUCAUUUGAUUACCCUUUUCUUGAGGCUUUACAAGAGAUAAUUGACUCUUCUUCCUCUUCACCUCCAUUGAUCCUUCAAAAUGGUCAAGAAGAGAACUUUAACAAUCCCACGUCGUAUCCAUCUCCAUUGAUGGAGUCUGAUCAGAGCAAGAGCUUCAGUGUUGGUUACUGUGGGGGAGAGACGAACAAGAAGAAGAAUAAAAAACUCGAAGGCCAACCUUCUAAGAAUCUCAUGGCGGAGAGACGACGGAGAAAACGACUUAACGAUCGUCUUUCAAUGCUCCGAUCCAUCGUUCCAAAAAUCAGCAAGAUGGACAGGACAUCGAUAUUAGGAGAUGCCAUAGAUUACAUGAAAGAGCUUUUAGACAAAAUCAACAAAUUACAAGAUGAGGAACAAGAACUUGGAAAUAGCGACAAUUCACAUCACUCUAAGCUCUUCGGUGAUCUCAAGGAUCUUAAUGCAAACGAAUCUCUGGUCAGAAACUCUCCAAAGUUUGAAAUAGAUCGGAGAGAUGAGGAUACUCGGGUUGAUAUAUGUUGCUCGCCGAAACCGGGACUGCUUCUAUCGACUGUUAAUACAUUAGAGACUCUAGGCUUGGAGAUUGAACAAUGUGUUAUAAGCUGCUUUAGUGAUUUCUCUUUGCAGGCUUCUUGUUCUGAGGGAGCUGAGCAGAGAGAUUUCAUAACAUCGGAGGAUAUAAAACAAGCAUUAUUCAGAAACGCAGAGAAGCUCCGAUUAAGAAACAAUCCUCCGUUCACGGCUAAUCUCCGUUUGAUCUCGCCGACACUCGAGCUCUUUACAGAUGAAGGAUGGAGAUUCCUUACCAUUAAGCACUUCUUCCGUCGCGGCCACGACGGCACUGUCAAUCUCCGUUGGUCUGCCGGUAACAUCAACCAUUUCACCGACGAUCUCGUCUUUCCGAUCCACGAGGAUCUCGAUGUUCUUGAAAUGGAGGAGAGGGAGAAAGUGGUGAAGCACAUGUGGGAUGUGUAUAACAAUGGCCGUCGUAUAAGAUUACCGAGGUUUUGGCAAGAGGCCUUCGAGGCUGCUUAUGAGGAGCUUACCAGUGAUGUACCUGAUGUUGUUGAGGCUGCCAUUUCCGAGAUCGCUAGGAUGUCUAUUCGCUCCGUUGUUAUAGAUCCGCCUCCGGUUCAUUCUACGAAUGUACGAGAAUUGACAAAGACUCUAAAACUUGCGGACAAAGGAAGAUCGACUCAAAUAUCAAAACCAAGCAGCCGUCGAUUGAAAUAGCUACGGAGCUUUACGAAAGGUAGUGUAGUC